AUGGCAGCCGAGCUCUCCAAGAUAUGUGUCUGCAUCAUUACACUGCUCUUUGUUACAAUGGCCUCAUCGGCAAAUGACACAAUGCCUGCAGAUAAUGAGAUUCUAUUCGCUGCAGCUUCAUCUCCAUCUCCUUAUCCCGAGUUUCCUGAAAGCGGAGGAGAUUCUUCGCUCUCUUCAGAUGCAUCGGAAUAUUCUCCACCACCGCCGCCGCCUUAUACUGAUGCUUUAGCAGCUGAAAUAGAGGCAGAGCAGCUUAAUCUCUCUCCAGACUACUCUCCUUCCCCUGCUCCUUACUUCACACAAUACCCUUCUCCUCCUCCUUACAUUGAAGUUGAGGCUCCUGAAGUCUAUGAGCUUUACACUCCAACUCAAGCUCCAGCACCUGAACCAUCUUCUGUGUUCGGAUCCGAUCAAUUAUCCGAUACUGAGCCUGGUUCUCCUGACUCUGACAUGGCUCCUAAUCCUACUGUAUUGUCGUCCAACUACAGAGCAGAAGACGAGAAUGUUGAAUUUGACGAUGAGUAUUAUAGUUCGGACUACUUCGGAGCAGAGUAA